GUUGCCGACAUUAUCGCUGUUUGCUGUUUGUGUUGCGCUGGGUGGAAAACCUUUCAGAAAAAUUUGUAAUUUUUGACUCUCUCAAAUCCUUUUCGGGCCUUUUAUAAAUCUAAACAAUGGACCCAAAGAGGAAGGCCGAGGAAUCGGCCUUGGUGGUCGCUGCUCCUGCCAAGAAGCCGCGCACAGAACUCGUGGCCACCCAAUCGAAGGACAAAGCAUUGAAACUUGCGGGCCCUGCUAGAACUUCAAGCCUUUUUGCACCCAUCAUGCAACUUGAGGGUCACGGAGGAGACAUUUUUACAGCAGAAUUCCACCCUGAAGGGCAAUACUUGGCCUCCUCUGGCUUUGACAGACAAAUCUUUUUCUGGAAUGUCUACGGCGAGUGUGAGAACAUUGCAGUGAUGUCCGGACACACCGGGGCAGUGCUGGAAAUGCAUUUCACAACCGACGGCUCCAACCUGCUCACAGCCAGCACUGACAAGACUGUCGCCUUGUGGGACAUUGCGGCCGGCGUGAGGAUCAAACGCUUCAAGGGCCACUCGAGCUUUGUCAACAGCUGCCAGUCAGCCCGUCGAGGUCCUUCGAUGUUCUGUUCUGGGUCAGACGAUGGUACCGUCAGGGUGUGGGACCCUCGGAGGAAACAAAAUACUGUCACUCUGAACAGUGGCUACCAGGUUACUGCUGUUGCUUUCAGCGAUAAUGCCACCCAAGUGAUUUCUGGAGGCAUCGAUAAUGACAUAAAGGUUUGGGAUUUGCGUCAGAACACCCUUCUUUACAAACUGAAAGGUCACACAGACACUAUCACUGGCAUGAGCCUCUCGCCUGAUGGUUCUUAUGUCAUGUCGAAUGCAAUGGACAACUUUUUGAGAAUAUGGGACAUCAGGCCGUACGCCCCUCAAGAACGAUGUGUGAAAAUAUUCCAAGGCCAUCAGCACAACUUUGAAAAGAACAUGCUCCGCUGCGCCUGGUCUCCCGACGGCUCCAAAGUUGCUGCUGGCUCGUCGGACAGAUUUGUCUACAUCUGGGACACGACCUCGCGAAGAAUUAUCUACAAGUUGCCUGGGCACAACGGCAGCGUCAAUGAUGUCGAUUUCCAUCCCAAAGAGCCAAUAAUCCUAUCAGCUUCAAGCGACAAGACUAUAUACUUGGGCGAGAUUGAAUGAAUUUAAAAUAAUUGCUGAAGCGACUCUGAAGAAACAUUUUAAUUAGUUUACAAAUUUGAAAAAUUAUGUUCAUUUUUUAAUUCUAUUUAAAAAAUGCUUGGAACAUGCAUUAUUGUAGAAUUAAAUAAACAAAUUAAUAAUAA